AUGCCACGACGAGUCCUCACAGACGAGGAGUGCCAGCGCGUGAAUGCCUAUGAGGAAGCUCUGGAAGCUGCCCUGUGCGAGGUCAACCGCAGUGACUAUGAUGCUCGCUCCCGUGUCAGCCAAGCGGUAGAGCAGGCCUACCCGCUCAGCGCGGAGACCCGCGAAGCGAUGGCGCUGGAGAAGACUGCUCAGUUCGCCGACCCGCUGCGACAGGUAUCAAGCACCAUCAACCUCAGCCAGCUCAAGCCGGACGCACCAUGGGGCCUUGUUGUCUACCGAACGGCGUACGGCGAUGAUGCUGCUUGGAAGCGGAUGCUCGACGAGCUCCAGGACCCCGUGGACUCGUUGCCGUACGAACCUGCGCCCAACCCAGAGCUCUACACGAGGCAUCGGUUUGAGUUCAUGGACGAUCAAAGCCAGUUCCAAGGCGCCACCAUGCAAACCUUGCGUGACAAGUUUUCCGCGUGGGUCGUGGAUGGGUACCGAGCCAACCUUAGGGAAGAGUACCGUGCCUCAGUGGAGGAAAUUGACGUCGACAUGGCUAGUUCCUUUGCCGGGACGCGCUACAACUUCUUCCUGGUUGUCGACGAUAUCUGUCUCGAGUCGCUGGACCAGGCCUGUGGCCCUGUAGUGAAGCUUGUGCAGGCACCGGGACACGAGGGUCAAGACUAUAGCCUCUCAGUGGAGGAAAUCCAGGAAAUGGGCCCCAAGGAAGAAGACUCAGAGUGGGAGGGGGGAUUGACGGAAAGCGAGUAUGAGAAUGUUGGUUGGAUGUAUAUGGAAACGUCGGAUUAUGCCGUCUUUCAGGAAUAUUUGGCGGAACCUUCCAACUGGGAAGACGAGUACUUACGACCGCCCAAGUUGAGAUCUCAGGAUGGAUUUGAAGAUGCGCCGGGGUCGUGGAGGAAAUGA